ACCUUAAAACUUGAAAACAUAAAUCUUGAGAGCCUUGAAGCAGGAGAUUUAGUGGAGUUCAAAAGAGGAGUUUACUCCCACUGGGCGGUGUAUAUUGGCAAUGAACAAGUCAUUCACUUAACAGGUGAUGGAAGCGUGUUUAGUGGCAAUAUCAGCUCUGGUUCUGUGUUUUCAAUCUGUGGUAUAUACUAUACAAAGGCUAUUGUCGAAGAGGAAAACAUUUGGACAGUUGCAGGCGACUGCAAAUUCUACAGGGAUAAUAGAGUGAGUCCUUUCACAGCAGCAGAGAUUAUAAGAAGAGCUAGGGCUAAACUCGGGAAUAUUCACGAUCAUGUUUUAUGGAGUAACUGUGAACAUUUUGCAUCCUUCUGUAGAUAUGGAAAUCCUAAAAGUGACCAGGCG